AUGGCAGAAAAACAGUUAAAAAAUAGAGUAUGCAUUAUUGGGUCUGGAAAUUGGGGAUCUGCCAUUGCUAAAAUUGUUGGGCGCAAUGCAGCUAGACUGCCAAAUUUCGAAGACAGAGUUACUAUGUGGGUUUAUGAAGAGAUCAUUGAAGGUAAAAAGCUAACAGAAAUCAUCAAUGAAACUCACGAAAAUAUAAAAUAUUUGCCUGGACAUAAACUGCCUGAAAAUGUGGUGGCGAUCCCUGAUGUCGUUGAAGCAGCGAAAGAUGCCGACCUGUUGAUUUUCGUAGUACCUCAUCAGUUCGUCAGAACUCUAUGUUCCACACUUCUAGGCAAAAUUAAACCUACGGCAGCUGCACUUUCAUUGAUCAAGGGCUUCGACAUUGCCGAGGGUGGCGGUAUUGACCUAAUAUCGCAUAUUAUUACUAGGUGUCUUAAAAUACCCUGUGCCGUAUUGAUGGGUGCCAACAUCGCUUCAGAGGUAGCUGAUGAGAAAUUCUGCGAGACUACUAUCGGAUGCCGAGACGUACUUCUAGCGCCAAUGAUGAGAGAUAUUAUUCAGACGGAAUAUUUUAGAGUUGUAGUUGUUGAUGAUGAGGAUGCUGUGGAAAUUUGUGGCGCUCUGAAGAACAUCGUAGCUGUUGGGGCUGGAUUCGUAGAUGGUCUCGGCUUCGGGGAUAAUACUAAGGCAGCUGUGAUCCGUUUGGGACUCAUGGAGAUGAUUAAAUUUGUAGAUGUGUUCUAUCCUGGCAGCAAACUUAGCACAUUCUUCGAAUCAUGUGGCGUUGCAGAUCUUAUUACUACGUGUUAUGGUGGGAGGAACAGACGAGUGGCAGAGGCCUUCGUUAAGACUGGCAGAUCAAUCAAGGAACUGGAAGAUGAGAUGUUAAACGGACAAAAACUUCAAGGACCUAUUACGGCUGAGGAGGUCAACCACAUGCUUGCUAAUAAAAAUAUGGAGAACAAAUUCCCGUUGUUUACCGCCGUGUUCCGUAUCUGCCGAGGCGAACUGAAGCCAAGUGAUUUCAUUGACUGUAUCCGCAGUCAUCCAGAGCACAUAUUUGCUCCCAAGAAUAUAAGCAUUUACUAA